GCCACGCUGUUAGUGCGCUUUACAUCUGAUUGGUCCCUUUCCACAAAAGGUGUUUCAUCCGCCGUCUCUGGUCCAGUUGGUCCAGAGUGACCCAGCCUCAGCUUUAAACCGGUUCUGUUCUCUGCUGCGUGCCGUAAAGCGACUCAAAGGAAAUAUUCUAUCAUGUCCAGCGCUCUGUUGGUUAAAGCUCUGGGGGACCUGGCUCUGGAUCCGGGCUAUGCGGACUACUCCAUCAGCCCGUCCUCCUCCGGCACAUCCAGCCAUUCGCACCCGAGCCCGAGCCCUCCUCACCGCGGUGCCUGGUGGCCGGUGGCCGGGUCCGCGUGCAGCAGCAGCUGGGACACGCUGAGCACGCCGCCAGCGGACACGGCGGACGUCCUGUCACGCUGUCCGUGUCUGCCGGAGCUGGAGCAUUACCCCUGGGGCGAGCGCGAGCUGCGGGAAGUGGUGCGUAAGGCCGCCGGGUCGGACGCGUCGUUCACCCCGGAGGCUGCUCACCGCCUGUGCGUUUUGCUCCGCAGGGCUUUGGUGCGGAUCGCCAGAGAAGCGCAGCGCCUGAGCGAGCUCCACCGGCGGUGCACGCGGCUGGAGGUGCAGAGUGCGACGGAGCUCGUGCUGAGCUGGAGCCUGGCGCAGCGGUGCGUCUCCUCCGCGGUGCGCGCCGUGUCCCUGCACUGCAUGAGCUGCGGAGACGCCGCGCGCCGGCGCGGCGAGUCCGCGCGCUGCGGGCUCGUGCUCUCCGUGGGCCGCUUCUUCAGGUGGAUGGUGGAGACGCGCGUGUCGGUGCGCGUUCACGUGUACGCCGCCGUCAGCCUGGCAGCGUGCGUGGAGAGGCUGGCGGAGGAGGUGAGCGCGAGGGCGCUGCGGGCGGCGAGGACGGGCGCGGAGGGGAUGGAGCCGCGCCCGGUGAGCGCAGAGGUCCUGGAGGGGGUCGUCAGCAGCGACGCCGAGCUGUGGGGGCUCCUGCAGGUCUACGAGCAUCUGGCGUGUGGCAGAAAUGCCGGUGGUGAGCUGUCAUUGCCGGUGCACCUCAGCCCGUACACGAAGGCUCCCGAGGACAAGGCGGAGAGCAGGGAGGACGCCUAUAUCCAGCUGGAGCUGCGAACACUAGAGCAGGCGCUUCGGGCCACCUGUGUGGGCAGCAUCGCAGAGCUCAGUGACCUGGUGUCUGGAGCCAUGCGCCACAUGCAGCGCCUGCGAAGAUCAGGUCCCUCUGCACACGCAGCCAGUCAGCCUUCUGCAUCCUGGGCCCCGGAGGCGCUGAGGGCACUCUACUACUUCCUGUCCAACCCGCAUGUGGAGUCACCAGCGACGAUGCUGAGCAGAGAGAGGCCGUCCCUGCUCCUCCCUCCUCUGGUGGAGUGGAUCAAAGUGGCCGUGGUGCACGCUGAACACCGGCGCAGCCUGUUGGUGGACAGCGAUGACGUCAGACAGGCGGCCCGGCUGCUCCUCCCAGGACUGGACUGUGAGCCCAGACAGCUCAAGUCAGUCUGCUGUUUCCAGUCCUUCAAGUCUCUGGAUGCACAAGCUGCUUCGCUCCAGUUCCAGCUGGACCUGGGCUUCAGGAUGCUCUCGUGUGGCCGAGCGGAUCUGGUUCAACAAGCGACGCGGCUCCUGGGAGCCGAAGGUGUGAACAGCAUGGAUGACCAGGGUAUGACUCCCCUGAUGUACGCCUCCGCUGUGGGGGACGAGGCGCUGGUGCAGAUGCUGGUAGAGGCUGGAGCUCAACUGGAUCUGCAGGUCCCGGGCGGCUCCUUCAGGCGACCAUGUGUCCACCCUGGCAGCCGGCGCUGGGUCGCCCUCACGUUCGCUGUGCUGCACAGUCACGUGCGCGUGGCUCAGCUGCUGCUGGAAGCUGGAGCGGACGUGGAGGGAGGAGCCCUGACGGACAGCGAGGGAGGCUCGGCAGAGACGCCGCUGCAGCUGGCGGCGGCCGCAGGUGACUAUGAGAUGGUGAGCCUCCUGCUCACCCACGGGGCAGACCCGCUGCUCAGAGUGCAUCAUGGGAAUUCCCUGGCAUCACCUCUGUAUGAGGACAUGAACUGUUUCAGCUACGCAGCAGCUCAUGGGCACAGAAACGUCCUGAGGAGGCUGCUGCAGCACAGGAUGGAGGACGUCCUGUCCCUGGAGGAGAUCCUGGCUGAAGGGGUGGAGGAGGAGGAGGAGGAGGAGAAACCAGCAGCGCAUCCUCCACCUGCUGAGUCCCUGAGACCAGGUCUGUGUAGGGUCACGCUGAAAGCCCUGCAGCAGGCGGCGUACUACAGCGCGGAGCACGGCCACCUGGACAUCACCAUGGAGCUCAGAGAGAUGGGUGUUCCGUGGAGGCUGCACAUCUGGCUGGAGUCUCUCCUCAGAGCGCAGCAGCUGUGCAGGGGGGACGUCGCCGCCUCCCUGCUGGCCGAGUUCUCCUCCAUCCGGCCGGAGGACUACGGCCCCGAGUUGCCCUCGGCAGGGAUUCCGCUCAUGUUCCGGAUGCUGGAAAGCAGCGAGGACUACGCGACCACCCGGCGGCUGGCGUCCGCGUUGUCGCACUGCUACGGUGCGGCUCCCGUUCCUGGGAUCCCCCCUGCGGGCGCCGCUCGGUCCACGCAGCUGGACGCUCAUUUCCUCAACAGUCCGGACAUGUCUGACGUGACCUUCGUGGUGGAGGGACGUCCAUUCUUUGCUCAUCGGGUGCUGCUGACGUCGGCCUCUGAACGCUUUCGACGGAUGCUCAGCGAGUCCUCUGACAACACGAUCCACAUCAGCAACAUGACCUACGACACCUUCCUGGUUAUGAUGAGGUCUCUGUACUGUGGAGGAGCAGAUGGACCGACUGUGUCGCUCUCAGAAGCGCUGAAGCUGCUGCCAGUGGCCGCGUUCUUCCAGCUUCGAGCUCUACAGAGGAUUUGUGAACUGACGCUGUCUCAGAGUCUGACUCUGGACAACGCUGUCAGCAUCUACCAGACGGCCACGCACCACGGAGCCGCUGAACUCUGCAGGUUCUGUGAAGGCUUCUUCCUUCAGAACAUGGACCCGCUCCUGGCCCGGGAGGACUUCCACCGCCUGCUGCUGGGUGGCGCCGGUCAGGAGCCGCUUCUGACGGACCUGGAGGCAGCGCUGAUCCACAGAGUGCGCUCCCUCCACGCAGCGUGUCGAGAGUAGAGGCCUGACGGUGUCUGUCCCCAACCCGGGGUUAUUAUAGUUUAGUGCAGAGUGCAUCAACGUUUCUGUGCUGAUGGAUGGAGCUCGGAGCUGAUGAUGCAGACGUUGGUAAAUUCAGUGGGCACCUCCUAUGAUAAUGUAAAUAAUGUAACAGUCCCUGUGAAUAAACAUUUGAAUAACGUCAUCUAAACAACCCUCACACGCACAAUCGGCUCCAAAGUCAACAGAUUUAUUUCCUUUAGCACUGAAGUUGUUCACAGUAACAUCACAAGGGAAAACAUUGCCUCCGUGCUCCGAGUCCUUUCUGUGUGCUCUGGAUCCCCACAGUAGAAAAGAGGCAAGCGAACAAUGGAAGGUAUUGCUUUAAUUUUCUCUCUGAUAACCCAACACCCACCCAGCUGGUGUGAAUGAGCGACCCGAUCGCCAGCGAGGUCCCUCUGUGAGAGAACGGCUGAGGAGGACGUACAAAAGAAUCCGAAAGCAAAACGAAUCGGAACGUGAAUGAGUGGACGGGAGAACGGUUCCAACGGCGACAUGCAAAGAAAAGACAAAUGCUGAACAUGCAAACGACCGGCCCGAGGUCAAAGCUAAGAGCAGGAGUCCCCUCAGUUCAGUCAAGUGGCUUAUGUACAGGAUGAGAUCUCUCAGCGCAGAAAGAAGGAGCCGACGACAUCAACGAAGGGCUGGUUCCUCCAAAGAGGCUACGUCUACAUUCUUAAAUUACAGUAAAUCAUUUUCCAAACGUAUAUUACAAGGUCUGUUUCAUGAAGAAUAACUUAAACAUGACAAAAAUAUCCUUAAAUAAUGUAAGAAACAUUCUCGACAGCUUUCAUAUAAAUAACAGAAUAAAUUAACAAACAAUGGCAGAAUACAACAAAGUACAAAAAUAUACAAGCAGUUCAACAUUGUCUGAAACCUGCAGAUAAUUCAAACGAACCCGAACAACAGGAAAGAAUAAAGUGAGACCGCGCUGACACAGUCGAGCGUUUGGUCAGAAAAGUCGGGU